CGCAGUUUCGAGGUCCUCAAGAGUGGUCUGUGGGGCGUGUGUGGUCAAAGUCGUCUACUCACCUAUGUGUUAACGUGUUGGGCGAAAGGUUUGUAUCUGCAACACCAGCAUUUCCUCAUUUCUCUUUCUUCGUCUUUUCCCACAUAAAGGAGGACUCAUCUCGACUCAUAUCACGAAUGGAACAAUAAGAUGAUAGUGAGGGUUGAGGAAGAGGUAUCAUGGCCUCCAGCAAUUAUGUUUCGCUCCGCCGACCUGCGACUCUCACCGAUCUCCCCACUGAAGUCCGCCACCAAAUAUAUUCCUAUCUCUUCUGCUGUUCGACUGGCUCAAUUUCCCUAUCAUGCACACCUCAUGACUCCAGAAUGUUCAGCUGGAUAGACGACGCUGGGUGUCCAGAAGCCCCAUUUUGUACGAGCCUUUUUCGUCUCAACAAGGCCAUCUCAAACGACGCCCUUCAAUUUGCCUAUAGUGCUAACUCAUUCUCCCUCAACGGGAACUUGAGUCGACUACAAUCAUUAGGAGCAAUUGCCCUUGCUUCCAUCAAGCGCCUGACGGUAUUUAACAACUUCUGGGCAAUCUCCCUAGAGGUCUUGGUCCAACUCCGCCAGCUUCUUGAUUCCAGGUGUACUAGUCUCGAAGUCUUCACACUGGAAACCUCGGCUCAUCUCCUCGUACGGUCCCUCCCUUACUUGAAGGACUUUCUUGAUGAGAUCCCAAAAGAAUCCCCGAGACCCAAACUGGUUCUGGAUCUCUAUGUUCUGGAUCGUCACUUCUCAUUCGAUGCUCCUGAGAAAGACUACAGACUUAGCUUGCUGUGUUUGCACAAGAAGUCUGUCCAUGUCGGGCUCGUGGAUCCUCUCCCUGCUGCAGAGUCAGUGAAGCAGCUGCCUAGGCGCGCAAAGCAGACGACAAUUGUGUCCGAUGUGGGCACUGGCUUUAUACGUGCGUUGGACGAGUUCCUGCUUGAGUUCCCAGAGCAUCGUUUUGUCAAAACACAAAACCCACCAAGCUCUCUCAAUGUGUUGCGCCCUGGUCGAUCAACUCGAAUUUGGUACAUCUGGGAAUAACCCUGAAAAUGUGAGAGAUUCCACCAUUGCUGAUUGUAAUUUGGGGUGUGCAGAGUGAUGUAUGACCUGACCAUAGUCUCCAUACCGGUUGUGGCCCUCCAUGUGGAAAGAUAGAGCACAUCCAUUAUGAGCACUGACACCACAUGCUUUCACGCCCAACAAAGCCCUGAAUACACACAUCAUGUAUGAACUGGAGUUAUCUCAUUGGGAGCGAAUGGGAAUGCAAAAUGAAGGCGUUAGCGUUUCAAACCUUCAACAACAUGCUUUUGAACAGGCCACGCAGAGGAGCCGAACAUUUCAAAUAGUAUGCAGUCCCACACCUCAGUCACGGCCAUAUGAAACAUGGUUUUAUAUUCCAAGUGCAUGAUGUUCAAAAUCAUACCGGCGAUUCCAAUUUUACGACACAAAUCGUACGCCAGUGGUUCUAACAUGGUUGUUGACUCAACCUUAGGUGUGGUCAUUCUUGAUGUUGCAGACAAGUGAGGCCAACCCAGUCUUUGAGGAUGGCAGAUUCGAACACAUCCUGCGCACAAGUCCACAAGAAUUGUCUUCAAACUUGUAUUUCAUCCGUCCAGCCAGGUCAGGAUGAGGGUCACAGGCACCAGAAAGGCGACUCGCCAGGGGGCAGCCUGACUUGUCUCUUUCUUGUCGUUUUCACAUUGGGUUGUGGGGGCUGUGGAAGAGUCCGUGGAGACACGAUCGUGGUCGAUCGAUCGAUCCAAGUGCGCGACAAAUAAUGACAGGGCGAGUUCGAACUGACUCAAUUUGACAAAUCCCAUCAGCAUACUGAGUUAGGAACUCCGGUGAGAAUUGCAUCUAUUGGAUCAUUGGAUGACAGAGGAUCUCAUCCCAUCAGUUAUCCCUGCAGCAGUCAAUAAUAACAAAAGGGGGAGUGACACCUGAGUUUUCAUGAUCCGUACACAGGGUUGCCGAUAUCCGGCAACUUGAAAGCUUCCGAUUAUUUCUCGAAGGACCCUGAGAUGCCAGAUGUCCGGACGGGCCAACGGGCCAUGGGGCCACUGUCAACAGCCAAAAUUGGCGCAGAAAGGAGGCGUCUGUGGACGAAAGCCCGACUCACACAAGAUGACGGAUUGAGGUAGUCGCCCAGGGGUAAUCAUCUUGACUCCUCGUGUUCAACGGAUUUGACGUGAGAGAAACUUUCGUAUUGCUUUUAUUGCACAAGCGAGUUGAUUCCACCUUUUUGGCUCGGGCUGGCUAUUACUCUAAUUGUGAGAUGAUAGCGACAGAAUCGUCGGGCCUGAUGCGGAGAUCGGACCUGGGUACCUCUUGCAUGAAAACAGAUAGUUCUAGGCCUUGACCAACGUUCGGGGUCGGAACCCACAAGGCUGACAAUUGCAUUACGGGUCGUCAGGACUAAUCGCGUGCAGUUAUUCCUGAUAUGGGCGCCACUACCGUGGGAACAAGCCGGCAGCGUCCAUGGGGUGGCUGGUCAAUGGUUCUUGGUCGCACCAACCAACCCGCUCUGUGCAAAAAAUACGAUACCUAUUUUACUUGUUCAGAGUGCCACACAAUAGGAGGCGUCGACCUGGCGCUGCUGAAUGGUGGCACCGUGCCAACGCCAAUCGCCAGGUCCACCCGCCCGCCGCCCCCAUAGUCGUCCUGUGGGCGAUGCUGGGUUUGGCGAAGCCAUCUGACGGGAGUGGCACAUGGCCGCACACGGCUUCGUGACUGGUCCAAGGUGUUUUCUGUCCAAUGCCAAGACCUCGUCCUGUCCUCGAGGCCACAAAUACUGUACACAGCUGCAAUUAUCUGCGUCAAUCCCAUAUGGUUGAGUGUGGCAUGAAAUGUCGUCGAUCCAGAGAAGAUGACAGUGCGAGGAUUGUGCACGACGUGUGUUGUGGCAUGUCCUUUGAGCAUCAUGGUUUCAAGGUCUGAGAGGACGAGGAGGUUUUCUUUUGUUGACUUCUGUCGUGCUCUGACCACACGCGUGACCUGUUUAGGCAGGUGCAAUGAGCAAUUAACGGUGACACAAGUCGUGGGUCAAAUGGCCAGACCUCAAGUAACAAAACUCAGGGCAUUCCCGAGGCAUUUGGAAUCUGCCGGUCGAAGGAUGCCUACUCCGUAGGCCAAAGUUAAGGCUUUGGUCUCUUCUUUAGAUCCAGCAACAAGCCGCGCACUGGACAACUCGCUUAACGAUACAUGAACUCUGAAUUUUCUUUAAUUCCUUUCAUUUCAAACAUUUACAAUAAUAUAUUCCUUGACCUGGGAACCUCGCCCAUUGUGGUUGAAGCAACGAGACGCUCCAUUCCAUGACAACAAAGACUGUCCGGACGCAAACGAUCCAAGGGAAACAGACGCUCGACAGGAUUUUUAUAUGACAGGGCAAUAAUAUUGGUUGACAGGCACAAGGCUCGGUUCGUGUGGACCACAGACCUUUAGACGACCUGUUCGACGGCACUCACACCACGUGUUCGCCAUUGGCUCUUUGGCGUGAUCUGCCCAGGGGUGACCGGCUAGCUAUAGUGGUCGGGGCACACCAGAGUGCUGGUAGUAAUUUUUAGUGUGUGUAGAGGGUAUGUGGAUGCGGAGGCUGACAGGAGAAGGAGAAGCAGUUGUCGUGGCCCGUGGGUUCUCGGUUUUGCGCUGUGGCCGAAAAUGUGAUGCGAGAUGACAACAGUAAAACUUGUUAGUAGCAGGAUUUCACUGACACCAACCAGGA